UUUAACAGCGGCUUGUUGGUUUACUUAAUCUAGAGAGAGAAUGACAUGUAAAGGCGGCUAAUUGGGUUACUUAAUCUAGAGAGAGAGAGAGUUGAUGUGGGGAUACUGACUAGCUUAUGGGCUUCUAAGAAUUACAACUGUGUAGCUUGUUACUGGCGUCCACUGCCAAGACCUUGCAGAGGUUAGAGAGAGAGAGAAGGCUUUGUAGAGGCUAGAGAGAGGGAGAAGGCUUUGUAGAGAUUAGAGAGAGAGAGAGAGAUGGCUUCAUGGAAUUCCUUGCCUCUUGAGGUUGUGUACCAGGUUCUUGGUUGGAUCGCUUUUGUUUCCUGGUCCAUCAGUUUCUACCCCCAAGUCUUCCUCAACUAUAGAAGAAAAAGUGUCGUGGGGCUUAAUUUUGAUUUCUUGGUCCUCAAUCUCACAAAGCACUCCUCUUACCUCAUUUACAACACGUCUCUCUUCUUCAGUUCCUUCAUCCAACGCCAGUAUCGCCAAAAGUAUGGCUCCGGUGAGAUGAUUCCAGUAGCUGCAAAUGAUGUUGCCUUCUCGAUCCAUGCCGUUAUUUUGACGGCCUUUACCAUAGUUCAAGUGUUCAUAUAUGAAAGAGGAUCCCAGAAAGUUUCGAAGAUAGCAUGGCUAAUAACUGUAGCGGUGUGGGCUUUCGCUGCAGUUUGUUUCUUCAUUGCUUUGCCAAAGCAAUCUUGGCUUUGGUGCAUUUCUAUGUUUAACUUCAUACAGGUUUCCAUGACCGCUAUCAAAUACAUACCCCAGGUGAUCAUGAACUUUCGGCGAAAAAGUACAGAAGGAUGGAGCAUAGGAAACAUCUUACUUGAUUUGUUAGGAGGCAUAACAAACUUUGGACAGAUGAGCAUCCAAUCGAUAGAUCAGCGAAUACUAGUGAACUUUUAUGGCAAUAUAGGAAAGACACUGCUAUCCUUGGAGGUGGUCUUCUUUGAUCUUCUUUUCAUCAUUCAGCAUUAUGUGCUCUACCCUGCUGUAGAUAGAAAAUGUUCAAUAGCUGCCACAUCUCUAAAAUCAACAGAGAGCAGUAAUACUGAAGCAAACGCUAAUGAUGAUUCGACCUCCCACACCGUGUAAUAUAAAUGCAUCGUUUGAUUUGUCUUUUACUUUCAAAUCGUAAAUAUAUUUAUGUUGGUUGGCUAAGGAGUGGAGAACCCACUGGUUUAAUGGGCUCUUUCCUGUGUAUGUUAACUUCUUCAGUCAUAGCUUAAGGCUUUCAUUGAAUAUACAUGUUAUAAUUGAUAAUUUGUUUUUUCAAUAAAAUUAAAACUAAUCAUGA